CUUUUCUUGCUGUAACUUAACACAACUCAAUGGAUCUCUGUCCUCCAGGGCUGGAAGCCGCCGAGGAGGAGGCUGAAGAUGAAGCGGAUGUUUGUUGCCCUUUUCAUUUUUUGAUGUUGUAUUUGUUGUCUCUUAAUAAUCUCUUUAUAUUCCAUUUUGUGUUCAAAAUCAAUUUAUAAUCCACAACGGGGUCUUUCUCCAAAUUUCUUUCUUCGACUCUUCUAUGCCCUAAUCCAAUAUAUUUCACCGGGGAUGGGGCACUGCACAAAUCCAGAGAGAUCACCAAAAUCCGAAAGGAAAAAAGAAAUUCAGGAAAGAAAGUGAUAAAAAUAAAAAUGAAUCGAAAGGGGAAAAAAUCCUUGUUAUGUUAAAUGUAAAAGGGUAAAGGAGAUAGGAAAAAGAAAACAAAAAUAGAAAAAAAGGUACCAACCUCAUUAAAAGAUUGAAAGAAAAAAAAUUAAAAAUUGAGAAAGAGAAAAAGAAAAGAAAAAAUGUAUAGUAAUAUCCACUAGGUUAUUCUAGUAGUCUAGUAUGUCCCAAAAUAUAAAACAGGAAUUAUCCAGUUGUAAUCCACCUUAUCUCAAGGGACAAGGCAAAAAGAGGCCACAUGGAAACAGCAGUCCAACACGGGUUGGACAUCCAAGCCAUUCAACAGGCCCCAAAGGACCAACGGGCAGGGGUUCUACUGCAUCCGGUUCGUAGUCCCAAAGACCUGGUGGGUGGAGAGCAAUUCUGGACCUGAAAAGAUUGAACAAAUGCCUAAUUUACAGAAAAUUCCAGAUUUGCAGUCCCUGCAGUCAAUACUGGAGAGCAUCCAAGAAGGCGACUUCCUAACAUCCACAGACCUGACAGAGGCAUACCCCCAUGUACCCCUCUGGCUGUCCCACCAGCAGUUCCACUACGUGGGCUGACAUUAUCAGCACAAGGCCCUUCGGCCUAUCACUAGCGCCCAGGAUUUCCAGCAAAUUGCUGGCGGCACAUCUCUGGGUGAUCCCAGGGCCCAUCCAAUGUUACCUGGACAAUACCUUGAUACAGUCUUCCUCCCCACUCUGGGCGGCAGAGGAUCUGCAGAUCACAAUCCGGGCCCUACAGGAUCACGGAUUUUCCGUCAAAUUUUGACGAGCCAUCUAGCUCCUUCCAACCGACUGCUUACACCUGGAUCGCCUAUAGUACUACAAGCUCUGAGAAGUGCUGUUCGCACCGUUACCUCAGCCAGCCUGCACUUCCUCACUUUCAAGGUGGCCUUCCUUGUGGCCAUCAUGUAGGCCAGACGGAUAUCUGAGCUGGCGGCCCUCUCCAUAAGAGGGGACCUUUGCGUACUCCACCCAAACAGGGUGGUCCUGCGGUUGGAUCCCUCCUUCCUCCCCAAGGUGAACUCAUUCCGCAGGGCACAGGUCGUAACCUUGCCAGACUUCUCCCCGAGCCCAACCCACGCCCUGGAGAAGAAACCACACACCUUGGACGUCAGGAUGGCCCUCCGCGCCUUACUUCAAAAGGACGGCCUCCUUUAGAAGGUCAGAAUCGUGUUUAUAUCCUUCCAGCCCUCCACGCUGGGCAACAAGGUGACACCAUCGACCAUCGGCCGGUGGAUACGGGCAUGCAUCGCCAAAGCUUACGAGCUCCAAGGUCUCCCAUCGCCCAGGCGAGUGACAGCCUAUUUGACCAGAAGCGUAGCCCCGACGGUGGCAAGGGUGACCCGGCCUCCGUCGAGGAGAUCUGUAGGGCAGUAACGUGGUCUUCUGGAUCCCCGUUCAUAAGGCACUACAAGCUGGACGCCUUUGCUUCGGCUGAAGCGGCCUUCGGCAGGCAGGCGCUACAGAAGGUGCAUAUAGACUCCGACACGGGACCAGACUGCUGCCCACCGUUAGGACAGCCGGCUUUGGGGUGGCCCAUUCCUUGGAUUCUCUGCUCAGCACACCGAGAAGCAGCAUAUCAGGGACCCUGCAGAUGGAAGGAGGAGGCUGGUGGUGAUCGGACGUCGCCCGGAGUGGGGAUCUCUCUCUGAAGUCGGGGAUCAUGGCAGCUCCAGGGUACCAUGUUCCACAGCCAGGAUACCCAGUGGCUUCUCAGCCUUACCCCGUCGUGCCGCCACACGCCGGGCCCUCUGCGCCCAGCCCUGGGUUCAACGUCUACCCCGCCGCCAGUCCCGGACCCGGCUACAUGGCUGCCCCCCAACCGCCCCCCCGAGGAUACCACGACCACUCCGCUUCCCCACAGCACCAGCAGCCCAGCGAUCCCCACGCAGCCAUUACCCCUUACCUGCCUGUGUCGGCUAGUAUCCCACCUGGCUUGGAGUACCUGACUCAGGUGGACCAAAUCUUGAUCCAUCAGAAGGUGGAACUGGUAGAAGCUUUCAUUGGCUUCGAAGGCAACAACAAGUACGAGGUGCGAAACAGCCUCGGGCAGCACAUCUUCCACGCCGAGGAGCAGAACGACUGUUGCACCCGGAACUGCUGCGGCUCGCUACGCCGCUUCUCCAUGAGGCUGGACGACCCCAGCGGGCGCGAAGUCAUCCGACUGGUCCGUCCCCUGAAAUGUGUCAGCUGCUUUUUCCCCUGCUGCCUUCAGGAGAUGGAGGUCCAGAGCCCGCCGGGAACCACCAUCGGCUAUGUGGUGCAGACCUGGCAUCCCUUCAUGCCCAGGUUCUCCAUCCAGAACGUGGAGAAGGAGACGGUGCUGAGGGUGUUGGGGCCCUGCUUUGCCUGCAGCUGUGGUGGGGACGUCAGCUUUGAGGUGAAGACCUGGGACGAAUCCCGCGGGGUGGGCCGGAUCAGUAAGCAGUGGAGCGGCCUCCUCAAGGAAGUCUUCACGGACACGGACAACUUUGGGAUCCAGUUCCCCAUCGACCUGGACGUGAAGGUGAAAGCCAUCCUGCUGGGCGCCUGCUUCCUCAUUGAUUUUAUGUUUUUCGAGAAGACCGGAGAAGUUGGACAGAGGACCUCGGUGAUGUCCAGCUGAAACCGUCUCGAACUGGGGACAGUUUUCCUGGUCUGACCCGACAGAGAAGGAGAGAGAGAGAGAAAGUGUGUGGUUGCGUGUUGUUGUGUAGAGGGUAUGUGUGUUUGGGUACGUUUGGGUCUUGACAGCAAUGGGUUUCUCAGAAAUGGUCUCUUCCUGGUCUUUUCUCCCUUGGUUGCGCAGAUGUGUUUCAACAGAAUAACAGAGUCGGAAGGUACCUCUGAGGUCAUCUAGUCCAACCCCCAACCCCCCCCUCUUCCCAAGCAGGAGACCCUACACCAUUUCCAACAGAGGGCAGUCCGGUCUCUUCUCAAAAAGCCUCCAGGGAUGAAGCUCCCACAAUUUCUAGUAACAGAAUGACAACCCAGAGCUGGAAGGCACCCUGGAGGUCAUCCAGUCCAGCCCCAUACCGUUUUUUGACAGGACGCCCAGCUGGAAAGUGUUUCCAAGUAUCCCAAAACCUGGGUCUCUUAUCCUAGUUCCUUCGGCUCCCCAAAGCCGUUGUGGGCUUGCACUUCUGGCACAAAGCUUCCUUCAACUCUGUCCUUCCGCGCGCUGCCUCUUUGUCUGCCGUCUCCCGGCUGGGGAUGAUGGGACUUGAAGUCCAGCUCUCGAAAGGAGCGAAGAGGUUUGGGGAAGGCGUUGGGUUUUUAGGUGGUGGUCUGCUGUUGAAAAGAGUUUAAAGUUGUGGUUUUCAGGGAAGCUUUUCGGCCUAGAAGGUGGGGUGGGUGCUCAGCUUGAUUUGGGGGUGCCUACUCGGGUUUUUGGGGUGCGGGGACCAAGGCCUGGUCCAAACAAAGAUCGGUGGCUUAUUGCGUAACCAAAGCUCUGCACAUACGACGAGACAGUUUUUAACCUCCUAAUCCUGAAGAAUUCCGUUUCUCAACCUCAGCGAGUUUUUAAGGUAUGCGGACUCCGGUUCCCAUCCUUCCUCGGCCAG